GGCUCAGGUGUACGGAGAAGGAAGGAAGGAUGGCUGUGGAAUUCGAUGAGCACAACCUGCAGGAACUUUAUUCCUGGGUGGAUAAAAUCCCGCUAUCCCGACCCAAGAGGAACGUCGCCCGCGACUUCAGCGACGGAGUGCUGACCGCCGAAGUGGUGAAAUUCCAUUUUCCUAAACUGGUUGAGAUGCACAACUACGUCCCAGCUAACUCCACCCAGCAGAAGCUCAGCAACUGGACCACACUGAACCGGAAAGUUCUGUGUAAAAUGAACUUCUCCGUCCCGGAUGAUGUGAUCCGGAAGGUUGUCCAAUGCUCGCCGGGAGUGGUGGAGCUGGUACUGAACACGCUGCGUCAGAAGAUCGAGGAGAAGCAGAAACAGCUCCAGGCUGCUGGAGAUACAUCUCAGGAUCUGAGCCCACGGCCUCAACCCGCCAAUCACACAGAUCCAGGUUACCCUACAAAGCAGAAGAGUAAUGGUAUGGACAGCAGCCCCCGGGCAGCACCAAAAGGCGAACAUGGCAGCAAGCAGCAGCAGGGAUACGCUCAUGCCGCCAACGCCGACACCAGUCUUCGCAUACAGCUGGCAGAGAAGGAGCAGUCACUGCUGGAAGCGCAGGAAAACAUCCAGAUUUUGCAGGCAAAACUACGGCGGAUGGAACAGCUCGUCCACCUAAAGAACGUCCGGAUAGAUGACCUGACCCGACGCCUACAGGAGGCGGAGAGGAAAUGA